AUGCGCCCUAUUUCUUUUCUCGCCCUCUUCCUCCCCCUAUCACUGCAUUCGGUUGCAGCAGCGAAUGCCUUCGCAGGCUCCAACCUGUACUAUGCGGCUGGGCUACGUGCGGAUACACGUACUACGCUAUUAAACGGUUUGCAAAGUGCAGGCAUGAAAGUCCUCCGUGUGUGGCUGGAUGGUCAAUCAUUUACCCAAAAGGGCACAGAUAUCGACCCUUUUCCUGACCUAGAGCCAAGCACCAUCUGCAACGGUGACGCCUCGUGCUACAACGACACUGUCCUCGAACGCCUCGACGACUUCAUGAUCGAUGCUAAUGCACAUGGCAUCAAGCUCAUUAUCACCAUGCACAGUUUCAACGCGCUGCAGGCUGGGGAUGUGUAUGGUGCAGAAUUCGGUACCGGAUUCUUUUAUGAACAAGCCUUCCCCCAGCAGGCCUUCGACGCGCGGCUUGUGCAUAUCCUCAACCACGUCCACACGACUUUGGGAAAGCCAUGGAAGGAGUUGAACGAGUAUAUCUUUGGCUUCGAGGCAGAGAAUGAGGCGAUGAUCGGCAAGGGACAGGAAUAUAUCCAAGAUCAUCAGCAAUGGCAAUGCGACCGUGCACAGACCAUCCGUGGCCAGCUCGGAGACAAUAGCGGGAUUCUUGUCAUGACGGGCGGCGAAUCAUUCCUCACGGAGUCCGUCCAGCCUGACUGGUUGAGCUGCGCCGCGCUCGACCUCAUUUCCAUCCACGCCUAUGGCGUCGGGGACCUGCAGACGUCCGCUCUCCAGCCGUUCGUCCAGCAGGCUCAGGCUUCAGGGAAGAAACUGAUAAUGGAAGAAUGGGGCGCGUGCUUCUUUGACACCGCGAAUAACAACUGUCCGAACGGAGACGCUCUGUCGACCGACGCGCGCAACACGAACAUACGGAACUUUGCCAAUGCUAUCACCGGCGCGGGACUUGCCUGGCUGUACUGGGAAGUCAUCCCCAAUACGGACCCACACGACGGCUCGGACUACGAGAUCGGGAUUGGCGAUCCGUCCUGGAGCACCCUGCAGGGUCUCGCCAAGCAAGCACUCCAGGCCCCGGGUGCCUUCGAUUUCUCCGAGUUCCUCCUUUGA